AUGGCCUCAGCCCCACCAUCCAUAGAUGUGGAAGAAGUAGUCACAUGUCCCAUCUGCCUGGGGUGCCUGACAGAGCCUGUGGUCCUGGACUGUGGGCACAGCUUCUGUCAGGGCUGCAUCACCAACUACUGUGAGAAAUGGGAAGCACUGGGGGGCUUGGAGUGUCCCACCUGCAAAUUCAAGAUCCGGAAAGGGAAUUUCCGUCGAAACUGGCAGCUGGCACACCUACUAGAAAAAAUGAAACAGUUGCCACUAAGUUCAGGGGGGAAAGAUCGUUGCUUGAAACACAAGGAAAAACUCCACCUCUUCUGCAAAGAGGAUGAACAAUUGGUGUGUUUUUUCUGUGAGCGAUCCCCAGAACACCGAGGACACAAAAUACUCCUCCUGGAAGAGGCUGCUCAGCAAUACAAGGAUCAGAUCCACAGAUGCCUGGAGACCGUGAAGAACGAGAGACAGAAAAUUCUGGCCUAUAAAGCAGAUGCUGAAAAGGAAAGCCAAGACCUGCUUAAACAAAACGAAUUGGAAAGAGAAAACACAGUGGCUCUGUUCAGACAAUUGCACGAGUUUCUAGCAGAUCAAGAGAAACUUCUGCUAUUCCAGUUGGAGGAGCUGGAAAAGGACAUCGCAAGAGCAAGGGAUGAGUGUCUAGCCAGACUCUCCAAGGAACUCUCCUCUCUUGAAAGACUCAUCCAGGAGAUGGAAGAGAAGCACCAGCGGGCAGAUAUUGACGUUCUGAAGGAUGUCAGAAGCACUUUGCAGAGGUAUCAGAAGAAGGAGACGUUUGCGAAUCCAGGGGCUUUUCCUCCUGGGCUGAAAUGGAGGCUCUGGAGUUGCUGGGAGAUCAACCACUUGCUGGAGAGCGUCACAAAGAAAUUCCAAACAAAUAUGACUCUGGAUCCAAUCGCAGCUUAUACCGAACUUAUCCUGUCUGAAGAUCGGAGAAGCAUUACAUGCCAAACUAAAGCUCAAGACCUGCCUGAACACCCUGAGGAUGUUUACUCUUAUUCCUGUGUGCUGGGCAGUGAGGGAUUCACAUCAGGCUGCCAUUUCUGGGAAGUCACUGUGGGAAGUGAGGAAGGCUGGGCCGUGGGGGUGGCCAGAAAUUCUGUGAGGAGGAAGGAAAAGUUCUCCUUUAGUCCUGAGCAAGGGAUAUGGGCUAUGGGGUGGAAUAAGGGCCGGUACAAGGCUUUCAUAAUGGGCAAUAACCCUCCCCUGACCCCGUGUGGAGAGCUCAAGAGGAUCCGAGUCUCUCUCAACUACGAGGGAGGGCAGGUGGCCUUUUUUGACGCUGACAGAGCAGCCCUUCUCUACAGGUUCUCUGAAGGCUCCUUCUCUGGAGAGACCCUCAAUCCCUUCUUUGCUGUGUACGGUAAAGGCUACCUCAGAGUCUGCCGUUAA